AGCUGUUUGGUGCGCCACGAACAACCACGUUCCUGGAAAACGGUGCAACUGACUCCCCCCCACACACGUAGAUAUCGGUAGAAAAUCAAACCACACACACACGCACGUUUUCAUUCGGUUGAUUUUCUUUGUUCUCUAUUUCUUUUUCCAUUUCUUUUUUGUUCUCCUUCAAAUACGUUCGAGACCGGCGCUAGAGCGGUAUCACAUCUCAGGGUCUUUUAUUGACUUUUUACUUCGACGCACCUCCCACUCCACAAAACGGAGUACGGUGCGACAAUCCCGCAUUUUUUUCUUUUCCCGGUCAUUUGUGUGUUGGAAUUUUUUUCGUCGUCGUUUACUGUGGCGGUAAUUUUUUGUUUUCGGUCACAAAGGAAAGGGCCUCAUCAGGCACAAAGAAGUCUUUUUUUUUAGAGUAUAAAACGCGACUACGCAGUCAUCAACAUCGCCAUGACCGCUGCUCAUUGUGCGCACGCUGAGGUUUACAUCAGCGCCUGCAAGCGCGAGCACGCACAAUGCUCCAACGCUCUCGUGCACGCGCUCGACACCAAUGCCAAGUCCGCGGCUGUCGGUCAAGGCGAGGUGCCCCUCAACGAUGUGGACAUGUGCUGCGUCGCCGAGGUGGUGCGCGUACUUGCUGAGGACUGUGCGCUGCGUGUGCUGGUGCUGGAAGAAAAUUCUUUUGGUCUGCAGGGCAUCACCGGCUUGAUGGAGGCCAUCGAGGCCAACCCGAACCGCAUUCGCGAACUGCGUCUUGGUAGGAACAACUUGAAGGAUCAGGCCGCCGUCAUCAUUGGCCACACCCUCUCCCGCAGCGGGUGCGGGCUGAAGGUGCUGGACUUGUCUGAAAACGGCAUCACAAAGCUCGGUGUCAUCCCAAUCGCGGCGGCACUGCAGAAGCCGUUCUCCGACAUCGUCGAGCUGAGCUUCCACAACAACAAGAUCGAAGGAGAUGCGGCUUCCUACCUCGGCGAGGCCGUCCGCGCGGCGCCGAAGCUGAAGCACCUGCACCUCGGCUACAACGCACUACGCGACACGGGCGCCACGCAGCUCGCGCGCAGCAUCCCACGCGCGUCCUGCCUCUCCACGCUGGAUCUCACGGCGAACCGCAUUAGUCGCGGCGGCGGCGAGGAGCUCGCGCGCGCCCUCCUCUCCCCUUCCUGCACGGUGCAACGGCUGAACCUCCGCCACAACCAGCUCGACAGCGAGACAAUCACGAAGUUCGCCGACGUCGUUGCACACAACACCUCCUUGAUCCAGCUCUUCCUGGGCUUCAUGAAUCCGUCUCCUGAAGCCGCUGCGGCUGUGUUGGGAGCAGUACCGCAAAACCACACGCUGCUGCUGCUGGAUGUGUACGGGUGGAAGCUGAGCCCGAAGAGUACCCUGCCUCUCAUCCGUGCCAUCCAGGACAAGAAUAGCUCCAUCGCGGCAAUCGUCACCGACGCCUGCCAGCCGAUCGCGGCGCAGGUGGAUGAGGGCAACGUGGUGCGGGAGGAGGAGCGCGACCUGCACCCUGUCUACGUCGGCCCAGACGAUCGCGACGCCUACCUCGCCACGAAGAGCCUCCGACGCUACUCGCGCGCGCAGUCGCGACGGCAGUCCCGCAUGACGUCGCGGGUGCAGUCCCGAGCACGCGGGGAGUCGCAGCCAGCGAGCCGCACCGCCUCCUCGCGUCACCGCAGCGGGCGAGAGAGCAGCCGCUCCUCACGUGCUCGCAGCCACCGCAGCGAGCGCGAGGACGUCGCGGAUGGCGAAGCGCCGCAUCGCAGCUCAUCGCGUCACAGCCGCCACCGCAGCGGCAGCGCGCCCUACCGCCGCCACCAUCACCACCGCGGCAACUCAGAGGCGGAGGUGGCGACGGCGGCGGACACCAGCGCCCCGCCGUCAGCCCGCUCGGCCUCCCGCAACUCCCGCGCCGCGAAUGGGGAGCGCGGCCCACGGGCAUCAGAGUCAGCCCGCUCACCGCGGACGGCCCGCACCGACGAGAGUGCCCGCGCUCCCCAUGCUGCGGAGGCCGGCCAGCUCGUGCCGGUGUCCGCGAAGAAGAUUGAGCAGAACGUCGACAUGCUGAUGGAUGAGCUGGGCCACACCCCGUGCGAUCCGCAUACCGUGUCGGUGCUCAAGACGAUCAUCAAUGCGUUGCAGACGACGUGUGCGCAGCAGCGGAUGCAGAUGCAGGCGUUGACGGAACGCGUGGGGGCGCUCGAGAAGCGUCGCGAGUGCCACUGCGGUGCGGCUUCUCUCUCGGCAAACAACGCAGGCGCCCCUGCACGCACGAGCAGGACUGAAUCCGCCGUCCGCUCUCCCCCGCAGAACGCAUCCGGCACGGCUGCGGGUCCUGAGGCUGGUCCUGGUGCUUCGCAGAGCAGCGGUGCCCCUUUUCAACGCGGUGCCAGCGCGGCCGGCCAGGGCGAAGCCACCAGUCGGAGCCCGUUCCGCCCCGCGGAGAACAGCGCCGCCGACGCCGCCGCUGCGGGGCAAGCAAGCAUCCCACGGCAGGAUCAAAACUCCACCGUGAACUUUUUUCAACGCUCGAUGAGCCGGCUCAGCCAAAACACCGCCAGCUCGGUGAUGGAGCGCUGCACGACGCCGCACGUGUCGCAGGACGUGCCGCCGGAGAUCGCCCACCCGAACGACGAGGCGGGAGAGCACCACCCGGAGGGCGUCGAGCUGCAGCGGUCGGUGAGCAUUCCGAACUUCCCUCCGCGGAUUGAACCGUCGCCGGCACAGGACUCGAUGCCGCCCCGCCGCAAGUCGAUCUCGCACGCCUUCUAA